CGGCAGGCGAUGGCAAUGUAUCACCUGCUAUUGUAGUCUAGCGGCGGAGCAUGGUCAAACAAGCUCACAAUGGCUUGAUGCGAGUGCCAGCGCCACGCGAGGUGCAGGUUCGAAAUGCACACGGCAUGGGGAGCUCUUGCAGACAAUAAGUAAGGUACGUGCCCAUCUUGGACCUUCAUUGUGAGCUUCAACCACUUUCCUCCCUUCGAUUCUUCCUUUGCAUACCCUAAGGACAACCCUCGCCGAACCCUUGACCAGCUCCAAAAAUGCUCUUCAACGCUCUCACACUUCUCGCGGCACUGCCGCUCACCUCCGCUCACUUCCUCCUCACCUGGCCCGACAAGCGCGGAUUCGAUGAUGACAAGGCUACUGGCGGUCCUUGCGGUGGCUUCGACAGUCCAAGCAGUAACCGCACUGAGUUCCCGCUUUCCGGCGGUCCUAUUCAGCUAGAUAUGCACCACACACAAAGCAAGGUGGCCGUAUACCUUGCGCUCGGCAACAACCCCAGUGCUGAUGACUUUACCAUCACUCUGGUUCCUACUCUCUCUGAGGAGGGGCCCAGUAACUUCUGUUUGGGCUCAGUCAGCAUCCCAUCGAACCUGAACAUCUCGGCAGGCACCAAUGGAACCAUUCAGGUUGUAACGAACGGUGACCCGAGCGGCGGAUUGUACCAGUGCGGCGAUGUCACCUUUGUCAACACUACGCUCUCCGAAUCAGACUACAACAGCCACUGCCAGAACAGCACGGGUGUUAGAGUUACGCAGGAGAACAUGUCAGGCCAGCCCAACGGGACCACAUCAGGAGGCUCCUCCUCCUCUUCCCCAAGCAGCACCCCGAGCUCGACACCGGGCGCUGCCGCCCACGCGACCGCUGGCGUUGGCAAGGGCACCCCGCGAAGGAAGGUCAAGAAGGUGCACAAGAGCGCCGGCACCGACGACAAGAAGCUCCAGGGCGCGCUCAAGAAGCUCAACGUCCAGCCCAUUCAGGCCAUUGAGGAGGUCAACAUGUUCAAGACCGACGGAAACGUCAUCCACUUCUCGGCACCAAAGGUUCACGCCUCUGUGCCCUCCAACACCUUCGCCAUCUACGGCAACGGCGAGGACAAGGAGCUCACUGAGCUCGUUCCCGGUAUCCUCAACCAGCUCGGCCCCGACUCGCUGGCGUCGCUGCGCAAGCUCGCCGAGAGCUACCAGAGCAUGCAGAAGGAGAAGGGUGAGGACGACAAGAAGGAAGACGACGAUGAUGACGACGACAUCCCCGACCUCGUUGCUGGCGACAACUUCGAGUCCAAGGCCGAGGUUGAGUAAGCUGCUCGCUGAGCGCUGAGGACGCAUCUGUAGUACCAUAUCGAGCUAGUUGGGAUAUAGCGCAAUGUGGGCUACUACUAUGUAUGUGAUACGGAUGACUGUGGAUACGGCCUACUUCCAUCCCUCUUCCAAUUGGCACUUGUGGCCAAUCUCAUGUCGCAUACGAGCCGGGCUGGCGUUUAUUAUGAAAUAUAUAGUAUGGAAAAGUCCGAGCAAUGAUCUACCUGACAAUCCUUUCGUGUGACUUGAACGCGACGGUGCUUUGCCCAAGUUGAGCGGCAGCAAUGCUAAUGAGAUCAUCAAUAAUAGUUCCGACUUGUUCCAUAAUAUGGCCCUCUUGCGGAACUCUGCAUGCCUGGACGAAUUACGGCUCAAAAUGACCAUGCUUCCCC